AUGGACGGUACGAAUGACAAGUGUGUUUCGAUCUUUUCGUGCAGUGACGGGAUGUCGUCGUUCGAAAUCGAGUGCGAGACGGAGUGCUCGGAGGCUCGCCGACUGAACGACGCCCUCGAUCGUGUGGAACGCGAUUCACCAGUGAGCGGCGCCGUUGUCGCCGCUAUACGCGACAUGAUUCGCGCCACAGAUAGACAACACUCGUUCUUGGCUAACGAACGAAGGACGCACGGCGAAUCAGUGCGACACAUCGACCGGCUCAUUCGCGCCCUCAGCGACGAUCUUCGUGCGGGGGCUUCGGAGUCGUCGCCGCGGUUCUCGUCGUCGUCGUCGUCGUCGUCGCCCCUCGAGGUCUCGCUCGAGCGCCGGCGGAGGCGGCGAUCGCGGCCGAGACGAACGGCGCACGGGACGUUCAGUCUCGUCAAACUCGCCCUGGAUGCAAUGAACGGCGCCCUCUUAGACGGCGUCAUAGCCACCGCUCACGCUGCUUCCGGGCGAUCCGAUGGCCACCACCAACACCGACAUUAUCGUUAUCGUCAUUGUCGCCGCCAACAUCAACACCAACGUCACCAGCGCUGCGACAGCGGCAUCGUGGUCGACGGGGUCGACGCCGCCCUCGACCUCGACUCGGAUCUCGCGUGCACAAUGCGGACCGCGUGCGCGGACGGCGCCGGCGCCGUCGACUCCGGUGCGGCCUCGGCCUCGGCCUCGGCUCUGGCUUCGAUCUCGGCCUCGGCCUCGGCCCCUUCGGCCGCGUCUUCGACCGUCGUCGCCGCUGCCGAUGUGCCUCCCGUCGCGAUCGCCACCGACUCUAUCGCCGACCGGAAGGAGGAAGACGACCACCAUCACCAUCAUCAAUAUCACAAGAUAGAGGAGGACGCCUUCGACAUGAACGAGUACUUAUUUCCGAGGGCGGAGGCGGCGGACUUGUCGCCGUCGUCGUUCGCGGCGGCCGGGGCCGCGACCGCGAUCGCGACUGAGACACUCGAGACGCCGUGCGUGAUCGAUUCCGAUCUCGCCACCAUAUUCGGACUCCCCGCUUACGGGAUCGCCACUUACUAUCUCACCGAGCAGGCCGCGGCCGCCGCUGCGGUCGCCGUGACGGCCACGGCCGUAGUCGCCUCCUCCUCCUCCUCUUCUGCGCACGUCUCAGUUUCGGAUUCCUUCCGCUCCGCCGCCGUCGUGCUCGCGUCAGCGUCCGCGUCCGCGUCCGUGCCCGCCUUUGCAUCCUUCGCGGUGGCGACGACGACGACGGUGACGGCGACGGCGACCCCCCUAGCGACAUCCGCGACUCGCAGGGGCGGCGCCGUCGUCGCUUCGAUCGGUUUGGACGCGCCCGCGCCCGCGCCCACGCCCCGCGAGGGCCGGCGGGCGCGCGGCGGUGGCCGGGGACGUGAAGAACAAGAAUCCCAACAACAACAGCGACAACAUCAACAGCGACAACAACGCGUGGACAUUCCGUCGAUAUAUCCCAGUAUCACCGAGGAGUGCCGUCUGUUUGUGGAGGAUGUAGAACAUAAGAACUAUACUCUACUCAAAAACAGACCGGGCAUGAAAGUGCGACAGUGUGUUCUCUGCGGCGGUGCGCUAACACAUCCCGUUAGCCGUCAUUUUAGACGGGUACACCCCAAUUACAUCUUCGACAAUCGGCACCCUCACUUCCCGAAGCCGUACUACUUUUAUACGGCCGCGGUCGUAAUGAGGUGCCCUGAGGAGCUGCGCCCUCCUGCCAGUGUCGCGGAAACGGUCCAAGGCUUCGAGCCUGGCUUCGCGGGCCCAUGAAAUGUGCACGAUGACGACAACUACUCGAACGCAUCGUACGGCAUAGUAUCGUUUCGUUCACCAUCUUCUCAGCUGAUUGUAAAUAAUUAUUAUUAUCAUCGACGAAUAGUGCAUCGUGCAUGA